GCACUAAGUGACCUUCGCUGCAAGCGCCAACCACAAGUUUCUCUCUCUUGCCGACCAAUGGUGAGAGCCUACGCCUCAUUCGGCUGCGCCACCCCUCUCUCCACCUCUCUCCGCCACCUAUCUCAUCUUUCCUCCACUCUCAUCCCCUCUAAACCCCACCAUUUUUCUGCUCUCCGCGCUACCGCCACCAUCGCCGCGGCCAAAAUGCCCGGCUCCUCCAGCAAGAGCCACCCUUCACUCGAAGUCAUAGGCGGAGCCGUGGACACAUUCCUUCCUGCAUUGAAAACCUUGCAUCUUCCAUACGUUCCUUAUCCGUUUAUUGGUUGGAAUUGCCAUGUGGAGACUAUCUUCGCCGCUUUUUUCCGGGCACUCCCAGACGUCAGGUUCCGGCGUGAGUGUCUCCGCACUAGAGACGACGGUGCUGUCGCCCUCGACUGGGUAUCUGGAGAUGAUCGCAACUUGCCCUCUAAUUCUCCCGUUCUCAUUUUGCUGCCAGGUCUGACUGGUGGCAGUGAGGACACAUAUGUGAGGCAUAUGCUAUUGCGAGCUCGGAGUAAAGGAUGGCGAGUGGUGGUGUUUAAUAGCAGAGGCUGUGGAAACAGCCCUGUGACAACAGCUCAGUUCUAUUCAGCUUCGUUUCUAGGAGAUAUUUCUGAAGUAGUGGCGCAUGUUGGCAACUGCUACCCAAGUGCUAAUUUAUAUGCAGUUGGCUGGUCUCUUGGAGCUAAUAUUCUCGUCCGAUAUGUGGGCCAGGAAUCUUUCUCUUGCCCUCUUGCAGGUGCCAUAUCCUUAUGCAAUCCUUUUAAUUUGAUAAUUGCAGAUGAAGACUUCCGUAAAGGCUUUAACAUCGUUUAUGACAAAGCUCUAGCAAAUGCGCUUUGCAAAAUUUUCAGGAGGCAUGCUCUUUUGUUUGAGGACAUUGGAGGUGAAUUUAAUAUCCCAUUGGCUGCUAAUGCCAAAUCUGUUAGAGAAUUUGAUGAUGGACUAACACGAGUUUCAUUUGGAUUUAAAUCCGUUGAUGAUUAUUACUCAAACUCAAGCAGCUCGGACUCCAUAAAGAAUGUCUCCAUUCCUCUGUUAUGCAUCCAGGCUGAGAAUGACCCAAUUGCACCAUCUCGGGGAAUUCCUCGUGAAGACAUACAGAAAAAUCCAAACUGCAUGUUGAUAGUUACACCCAAAGGUGGCCAUUUGGGUUGGGUGGCAGGUGGUGAAGCUCCACUUGGAGCUCCGUGGACCGACCCCAUAGUUAUGGAUUUCUUGGAACACUUGGAGCAAGCUAGAGUUUCCAGUGUUGUAAUGGCUUCUACAAGUCUGGAGGAUGUCAACAUUACUGGUAGUCUUCACCAAGUCGAGGUAUAGACAUAAUAAAACAUACCCCAAUUUAAACACUGUAAAGUGAUUGUACUUGUAACAUACUUCAUCAUAGAACUAUACAUGGAAUUGGAGCUGAAGCUAUAUGAUUUUUUAUCGAUAUCUUGUGGGAAUACGCUGUGAAGUUCUGCUGUUUCUGGAUCCCACGAUUCUGUUAUUUGUAAUAGCUUGUAUAUCAUCGAACGAACAAAUUCUACUGGACAACUU